AUGGUAACCACCUACAUUCUAUUGGCUAUAGCCGCAGUUUUGUGUCAGGCGCAGUCCCAAAUCUGCAACUGUCCAAACUUAGUAGUACCACAACCUAUUACAAUACCAGCGAUUACUCCUGUACCGUUAAUCACUACGACUGUCGUUGACAAUAGUGUUGCAAACUCUCUGGCUAAUGCCCUCCAACUGCUUAUUGUUAGCGAGCUCAUUGGAAACUCUCUAAAUCCUGCACCUGUCUUAUUACCUGGUCAUAUUGGACCUAUUUAUGAUGCUAUUGGUAAUAUAGGUACAACCGUAGUAGAAGUCGCCCCCGUGGUAGAUGUAAUAUCGCCGUGUGUAGAUAUAGAGCCUGUGUUCCCUGUUGUUGAUGUUAUACCUUAUCCAACAAUUGAGGUAGCACCAGCGCCUGUCGUGGAAGUAACAAGUAACGUAAUCAGUACAGUUACGGAGAUUUCCCCAGUUUAUGGAGGCAUACCAGAAGUUGUAGGACCAGUUGCUACCGCUUAUCCUAAUAUUUAUGGUGGAUAUACUGAAGUAAUUGCACCUGUAGCACCAAUUACAGAAGUGAUAGCACCUAUACCUCCUGUAGAGAUCGUAAACCCUAUACUUCCGUAUCCACCUACUGUACCUUUGGCUCCUAAUGUCUAUAAUAGAUUUAUAGACAUAGUACCAUUUCCUCCAGGUUACGUGACAGAAAUUACUGAAGUGACUAGACCUAUUCCAGAAGUUGUAGCUCCAGCUGUACCUUUGCCUUAUAUUCCUGAUUACUAUCCAGGAAUUCCAGAACUUUUACCCCCUCUAUGUCCUUUGUCGUAUUCAGCGGAAAUUACAUUUCCUAAAUCAAUUCCAGCACAACUGAAAUAUAAAUGUCCCUGUGAUUUAGUUCCACCUUUCCGUGAUAUUGUAUAUUAG